CCUUCUUGCUUUGAUGUAAUUUUUGUCUGAAGAAAGAGGCAUUUUUCAGAGAUUGUACUUGUACUUGCGAGAAAUCUCCAGAAGGAUGGAUUUUUUUUUUUUCACGUGAUUUCUAAUUUAGUUAUUUUUUUAAUUGCCACUAUUACAAUGUUUAUUAAAUGAUUUUGCAACAGCAUUGAUUCUUUUUCCCUUUUUUGUGCGAUUAUUUCCAAACGGUAUCUAUCAGUCUUUUGGUUUCUUUUUCCUCCCUCUCGUUUUAGUUAUUUAUUUAUUAUUAGGUUAUGUUGAUUGCAGAGUCAUGCUUGUGGUAUUAUAUAAAUAUUAUUGGUGGUCCAAGUUGUAUUUAUAUAAAGUUAAAUUAUAUCGUCAAUUACGUUUGCAUUUGUGAAUUUUGAAUUUUCAAUUCUAUUUAAAUCUUGGGCCCUUCAGAAAAAUUUGAUUAAAAAUUACAUUUUGAUCAUUCCAUGACGAUGUGGAAUUGUGGAGGGAUGUGACCAUCAAUAAUUUCUAUUAAAAGAGUUUUUAUUUAUUAUUUUCUUAAAUAUAUGUUGUCUUUGAAAAUUACGCAGCCACAUACAUUCACUCUUGAGUAAUAUGCUUUUAUUCUUUCCUCGAUUCUGUCAUUUUAUAUUUUUUAAGUUUUUAGCCAAAUUUUUUAAAAUAGAACAGAUUUUUCUGAGAUUACUCUUUUUAAGUUCUUAAAAGCUUGUAUUACUUUUUAAAUCGUUUCUGGAAUGAACUAAAACAUUAAGAAAAUAUAAGUUCGCUUUUUAGCCAAAAAUUGAGAACCAUUUGCGUGAGCUUAAUUAGUCAGCGUGUAGCUUGUUUUGCAUUUGAAUAUUUUCUGACUUAAGGAAACGUAAACAGUAAACUCGUAGUCUUAUAAUUUGGUAGCUGGAUGUUGGACUUUUUCCAAAACUUUGUUGUUGUGGUCGGUUUAGUUGAUCUGCCAUUGCCAGUGGACCUAUACACGUUUACCACUUGUAGAUAAUAGAAAUAAUUUAUCCCACUCUCUCUCUCUCUCUCUCUCUCUCUCUGUAACACUCUAGGUUUUUCUUCAUUUAGAGGAAGGAAGAAUUUGAAAAACUGACUGUUAUGGUGCAUUUAUAGUUGUUUCAUGGAUGCUGUGUUGUUAAUGUUUAUUCUGGUUAUACCCUUGUUUCUAAACUGCAUCUAAAAUGUUAAUUUCGAAGUCUUACUUUUUUUAACUUUUUUUUUGUGUGCAUACAUUUUUACAAAUAUAGCAAUCAAGUUUAACAUAUUUACAGAUAUACCACAAUGCAAAAAAGAAUUUCCUGGUACAACAAAAUUUAGAUCUUAUUCUCAGAGUCUAUCAGUCAUAGACCAGUGAUAUGGUCUAUCACCAAUAGGUUUUGAUGUAUCUUCAAUUCUGUAAAAAUGUUGUAUACACUUAUUUAUUAUGCCUAAGAGUGCUACCUAAUACAAUUACCUUUAAAACAUUAUACAAAUCUAAUCAACUGUAAUCACAAUUUACAACUAAAUAUGUAAUUAGCUUCUUGUUUUCCUGUUGUUUCUUUUCUAUGGCCAUAUUAUGUUUGUGUUUAUGGCUUAAGUCAUGUCCUACAGACUAUAGUUGCUCUCUACUAACUACCGUCUAUUGCCUUCUUCAUACUACAUUUCCAUUCAAUUUGGUAUCUAGCAGUGUGCAAUCGCCCAUUCAGGUUUAGCUUGUAAUUUCUUGAGUGGAAGUGCUUGUAAAACUGUAUUCUGAGACUCUUAUCGAUUGAGGGAACGAAGAAGCCAUAUUUCCCUCCCCGGGAAGUGCAUGUUCAAGUGACUCAUUCCAUGCCACCUCAAAAGAUGGAGAUCUUCAAAUCGUUAGAAGACUGGGCAGAGAAUAACAUCUUGGUUCACCUAAAGCCUGUUGAAAGUUGUUGGCAACCUCAGGAUUAUCUCCCAGACCCAGAAUCUGAUGGUUUCUACGACCAAGUCAAGGAAAUAAGGGAGAGAUCGAAGGAUAUUCCUGAUGACUAUUUUGUGGUGUUGGUUGGCGACAUGAUCACCGAAGAAGCGCUUCCAACUUAUCAGACAAUGCUGAACACCCUUGAUGGUGUUCGUGAUGAGACCGGUGCAAGCCUCACCUCGUGGGCAAUUUGGACAAGGGCAUGGACUGCAGAAGAGAAUAGACAUGGUGACCUUUUGAAUAAGUACCUUUACCUGUCAGGACGAGUUGAUAUGAAGCAGAUUGAAAAGACCAUUCAGUACCUUAUUGGAUCAGGAAUGGAUCCCAAAACCGAAAACAACCCAUACCUUGGUUUCAUCUACACCUCAUUUCAAGAGAGGGCAACUUUCAUCUCCCAUGGAAACACUGCUAGGCUGGCCAAGGAACAUGGUGAUUUUAAGUUGGCACAGAUAUGUGGUAUAAUUGCAUCUGAUGAAAAACGUCAUGAAACCGCAUAUACCAAGAUUGUUGAGAAGCUCUUCGAGGUUGACCCUGAUGACACAGUUAUAGCUUUAGCUGACAUGAUGAAGAAAAAAAUUUCAAUGCCAGCCCAUUUGAUGUACGAUGGACAGGACAACAACCUUUUUGAGCACUUCUCAUCUGUUGCUCAGCGGCUUGGAGUUUAUACUGCUAAAGACUAUGCUGACAUUCUGGAGUUCCUCGUUAGCAGAUGGAAAAUAGAGAAUUUGACAGGUCUCUCAGGUGAUGGACGCAAAGCACAAGAUUUCGUGUGCAGUUUGCCGCCAAGGAUUAGAAGGCUGGAAGAGAGGGCUCAAAGCAGAGCAAAACAAGCACAAAGAGUCCCAUUAAGCUGGAUCUUUGGCCGAGAAAUACAAGUGUAACGGCAACGGUCUUAAAGGAAGGUGUUAAACUACUUGACUCAACUUGACAGAGGCCUUUCAGACGACAUUCGACUAAAAAUCUGAAGCGUUUUCAUCUUUAGGUAUCACUUCCAAAUCCUAAUUGUUGAAGGGAAAGUAAGUAGAUCAGACUGUCUCGUUGCUGCUGCUGUAUUUGUUGAUGCAACAACUAUGUCACUUCCAGCUCCUUAUUUCUUUAGAAGAAAAGGAUCAAUGUUGGCUUGAGUUUUGUUUUUUUCGUAAACAAAUAGAACGCCUAGUAAGUUUUCGACUGUUGUAAUAACCAAACCAACUAUAAAUUUUGGGGAAAAAAAAAAUCCUAAUUGCACUUUUGCUUUA